AGAAACAAGUCCCAUCCACCUGCAGGUGCCUCCAGUUUGAGGGAGGAGAGACGAUACCCCGUCCAUCCCAGACAUGGGAAAGCAGUCCACCUGCGCACCAGGGGCACGACACGUGGCUGGGUGCAGACGCCGGACUGGAGUCGCGGAGGCCGCGCGGAACCACUGAGCGCGCGGCGGCGGCGGGAGGAGACGCCGGUCACGCCCCCUUCCCGCCCCCUUCCCGCCGCCGACAGGGCGCGCGCGCCGAGGAGCCCGGGACAGGUGACUCCUAGGGGACGGCGUCUGCGCCUUCCCCGGCGGGAGUCCCUUCUUCGCGGCCUCUGCCGCCCCCUGCGUCCCCUCCUGGGCUUCCGAGAGUCUGACUCAGCCGAGCCGGCAUCGCUUCGCCUCCUACCACACACCCCGAGCGCGAGGAGAAAUGACAGGAUGGCAGGGGCACGGCUAAUGCGCUCUAAUUACCCACCGCCGCUGUCAUCCGCGGCGCUCCGCGGCGCUGGGCCAACGCGCCGUAAUUAGGCCGCCCCUCCCUGGUCCUGGAACCCGCCCUUCGCCACCCCCCCCCACCCACCCCGCGGCCCCCAGGACCACUGGCUGCAGCCCUCCGGGACUGCCCGUCAGUCCCGGGAGAGCUACGAGGCCUUACUGGGGGACUGAACUUGGGGAGACCGAAGCCGGCUCCUCCACUCCCCUAAACUUGCAGCCCACUAUGGUCUCCGCUGGAAGAGACUGGGAGAGUGGGGAGGGGCCAGAGACCUAUUU